AUGUUGGAUGAGGAGGAAGAUGAAGCUGAUGAGUUGAUGUUGGAUGAGGAGGAAGAUGAAGCUGAUGGUAAUGUUCUGCAGGACUAUUCACAUGUGAACGAACCCAUCCCUAAAAGUGAUGGGGGUGGCUCAAAGAAAGGCAGACCUUCCCCAUUCAGUUUCCUUUUUCCAUGCUAUACGAGGGUACUCAAGACCUAUACUUCCUUGCUACCCCCACUAUCCCAGCCAAGCCAUGCCAUGAUCGAAGAAUUUGGAGACUUAGAUGACUUGUUCGGUGAUCCUAAAGGCGGUGAUUAG